UUCUUGGCAGUUGGAAGACCUUCUAAAAGCUUCCAGAGAAAGGAGCCUAAGGCAGUUGUUCUCAAUAUUCAGUUGGACAAAAUUAUGGCUCAUCUGCAAUCUAGGUAUGAAGAUGAAAUCAACUUGCGUACAGAAAGGGAGAAUGAAUUUGUAAUGAUCAAGAAGGAUGUCGAUGAAAGCUAUCUCAACAAGGUGGAACUGGAGGCUAAGCUUGAGAGCCUUACGGAUGAAAUAAAUUUCCUGAAGGAUAUAUUCGAAGAGGAGCUCCAUGAGCUGCAGGCCCAAAUCAAGAACACUGCUGUUACUCUGGAGGUUGACACUAGCCGUAAAUUGGACCUCUCCAGCAUCCUCAAUGAUGUCCGGUCUCAAUAUGAAGGAAUGGUUGUUAAGAUGCGCCAAGACACUGUGGCCACAUGGGAAAACAAGUUCAGCGAUAUGAAGAAGAAUUCUGGAAAGUAUGCAGAUGAGCUCCGUGUAAUGAAGACUGAGGUUUCAGACAUGCAAAGACAAAUUGGGCGGCUUAAUUCUGAAAUCCAAGCUCUGAACAAACAAAAAGAGCAGCUGGAGGCAGCCAUCGCUGAAGCAGAGGAACGUGGGGAGCUGGCACUUGCAGAAGCUAAAAAAAGGAUGAUUGAAUUGCAAGAAGCCAUAGAGAAGGCUAACAAGGAAAUGAUCAGCCAGGUACGAGAGUACCAGGAUCUGAUGAACACUAAGCUUGCCCUGGACAUCGAAAUUGCCACUUACAAAAAACUGCUGGAAGGCGAAGAGAGCAGGUUGUCAACACCUGUGAAUAUCACCUAUCAUCAAACAGUCAAAAGUUUUGGAUUUCCACAAUACCAGUUUGAGACCUUGAACCGUGGUGGGAUGGAAACAAGUGGAGUGAGCAAAUCCCUCAUUGUCAAGACAGUUGAAACCAAGGAUGGGAAAACGCUCUCCGAGUCCGCCUUUAUUCAAAAAAAAUGAAGUCUUUGUGUUUUACAGAAUGAUAUGUCUUAUCAUUUCAAUCAUUUUAAACCUCUUGAGUUUCAGUGUUUCUCAGUUAAAAUGUACCUUAAGUCAUCAUCAAUGUGUCCUUUUUAAAGGACCUUGAGCAUAAGGGAAAAUGAAGGAUUUUGAAGUAUUCCUGGUAGCAAAUAUGAAAUAAAGCUUGAUAAUACAUUA